AGUCAGCAGGACACGUAGGCCAAGUACCUCCUCUCAAUUUCAAACUUCUAACCCAUCACACCACCCCCUUCUCUUACACGGAAAUUAUUGGUUGACUUAACCAACCUUUUUUUUUUUUUUUUCUUUUUUCUUAAUCUAAUUUUUAACUUUUUUUUACAUAUUAUAUUUUGUUAAUACAAUUGCCUAAUUCUCUUUUCUUAUAUAUGCAUACACACACAACCAUCUGAACCUUGUUUGGGCUCUCCCCCUCUCUUCUGCUUCUUCUCUCUCUCUCUCUCUCUCUCUCUCUCUCUCUCCUGCUUCUUCUCUCUCUCUUCUGCUUCUUCUCUCUCUCUCUCUCUCUCUCUAAUAUUAUCCAGCAAAAUGAGCAAUCUGAGCAUGGUAGAGGCAAAGUUGCCGCCAGGGUUCAGGUUCCAUCCUAGGGAUGAAGAACUGAUAUGUGAUUACUUGAUGAAAAAGGUGACAUGCUGUGAGUGCCCUCUAAUGAUCGAAGUAGACCUCAAUAAGUGUGAGCCUUGGGACAUUCCCAAAAUGGCAUGUGUGGGAGGCAAAGAAUGGUACUUUUACAGCCAGCGUGACCGGAAAUAUGCGACCGGACAGAGAACAAAUCGGGCCACAACAUCUGGUUACUGGAAGGCCACAGGGAAGGACAGGGCGAUCAUCCACAGGGGUACCCUAGUUGGGAUGAGGAAGACCUUGGUUUUCUACCAAGGUAGGGCUCCUAAAGGGAGAAAAAGUGACUGGGUCAUGCACGAAUUUCGGCUUGAAGGACCCCUUGGCCCUCCAAAGAUUACUUCUCUCAAGGAAGAUUGGGUAUUAUGUAGAGUGUUCUACAAAAACAAAGAAGUUCCUGCCAAACAAGGCAUAAUGGGAUGCAGCUUCAACGACACGAUCAGCUCUUCAUCAUCUCUCCCGCCACUAAUGGAUUCAUACAUCACUUUCGACCAAACUCAAACCAACAACAACAUUAUAAAUGAGUAUGAGCAAGUGCCCUGCUUCUCCAAUAUUUUCACACCAAACCAAACCAAUCCUACUUUCUCACACAUCACCCAUGUGGAGCCAAACAUGUCAUCCAAAACUACCCCCACCACCUUUGGAGCUAUGCCAGAUUUGGGUACAAGUUUAAACUCUUUCCCUUGUGACAAAAAGGUAAUUAAAGCUGUUCUAAAUCAUCUCACCAAGAUGGAAAGCUACCCUAACAUGGUGAAUGGAUCACCAAGCUUAGGGGAUCAAGGAAGCUCAGAGAGCUUUUUAUCUGAUGUGGGCUUGCCCACCAUGUGGAACCAUUAUUGAUUUUUGAGGCCUAAUUUGUAGCUAGUAUUUUUGGCCAUAUCAAGAAGAUACAUGUAAAAAUAUUGAACUUGGUUAUAUGUAUGGUUUAAUUUCUCUAUAGUCACCAAUGUACAUGUGUUGUCCUCAUUGAUGGAACAUGUGUGUAUAAAUUGAUUUCAGUUUUACAGAUUACCAGUUCUUGGUUAA